GGCGGUUUCGAGUUCCCGUCUCGCUCCGACGUCACUCGCUCAUACAUACCAAGUGGAGGUUGACAAGCUGAACGUUGUAUUGUUGCUCCUUUUCAUUUUUUCGAGGUUUCGGUUUACCCAUGAUUAGCCUCUUGCCCUAGAGCUUUGGUUCUUGGCUUGGGUAAAUCUUCUCAUCUGCAAGAAGGAUCGCGAGUCCAAAAAGCAUUCCCCAUAUCACCACCACUUCAGUUCAACCAUCCAAGCUGCGAAGCCGCUCCAAUCACCACGUUGGCAGCCAUAUAAUCAACAGUUGAGAAAUACGUCAGCCAGUGCUAUGACUCGCGCCACUUCCUGGCUAUCGCUGCUAUUGCCUUGGUCGAUACCUCUGCUGAGGCCGGCAGUGGUAGAGGCAUCAGAGCUCGAAUGGGAUAUGGACCAGGUGCCAAUCAAGGGCAAAUUCGACGAGACUGCUUGUCCAGACUAUGCAUCCUAUGCCACUUAUCCCCACCGGCCCUAUAGCGAAGGUCCUCUCUCCCUCCCCUUCCAGCGCCCUCAUGUUAGGUGCCGGACCUUUCAGUCUGACGCCAUCGAGAAGGUUAUCAAGGAUGUCACAUCCCGCAUGAAGAACCCUGACCUUGCACGUCUUUUCGAAAACACUUUUCCAUCUACUACGGAUACCACCGUCAAAUUCCAUACCAAUGGCAAGGACGGUAAGGAAAAGAGGAAGACGACGACGGUGACUGACAGCCCUGUCGACGAUGAUCCAUGGACUAGUACGUACGAGGACCCAGGCAAAUGGGAAGGGCCGCAGUCGUUCAUCAUCACGGGCGACAUUCUGGCCGAGUGGCUACGUGACAGCACCAACCAGCUGAAGCCGUAUCAGAAGCUGGCUUCCAAGGAUAAGGCCAUCUUCGACCUCAUCCUCGGCGCCAUCAAUACCCAAAGCGAGUACGUGAUCGAGUCGCCCUAUUGCAACGCCUUCCAGCCACCGCCCCAUUCCGGGCUACCUGUCACCUUGAACGGCCAAGACGACAACGUCCACCCGGCCUUUGACCCUUCCUUUGUCUUUGAGUGCAAGUACGAGCUAGAUUCGCUCGCGCACUUUCUCGCGCUGGCCAACGCCUUUUACGCCCACACCAAGAGCACCGCCUUCCUCAAUGCGCGGUGGUACAAGGCGCUGGACUCGGUGUUUGACGUUCUCGAGGCGCAACGCAAGAGCACGUUUGACCCGGAGACGGGCUCGUACCGGCGCAACCAGUACACAUUCCAGCGACGCACCGACACGGGCACCGAGACACUGAAUCUUGGCGGAAUCGGCAACCCGCUGAACAACGGAACGGGGCUGAUCCGCUCGGCGUUCCGGCCCAGCGACGAUGCCACCAUCUUCGGCUUCUUCAUCCCUGCCAAUGCGCAGAUGGCUACGGAGCUCAAGCGGACUGCGGCUUUGUUGAGGACGACAGGGAAUAAGAAGGAUGUGACACGGGCAGAGACAGCGGAAGCAUGGAGCAAGACGAUUACGGAGGGUAUCUGGGAACACGGUGUGGUCCACCACCGCAAGUACGGCGACGUGUUUGCGUAUGAGGUUGACGGCUACGGCAGCGCCUUGAUGAUGGACGAUGCCAACUAUCCUAGCUUACUGGCGCUGCCGCUGAUGGGCUUUGUCUCGGUAGGCGAUACGACAUACCAGAACACGCGCAAGAUGCUGCUGGAGAAGAACAGCAAUCCGUACUACCUGGAGGGAAGAGAGUUUAUGGGCAUUGGAGGCCCACAUAUCGGCCUGCAGAAUGCAUGGCCUAUGAGCCUUUUGGUGCAGGCGCAGACGUCAGAUGAUGACGAUGAGAUUAUGAAGUGCUUGAACCUGGUUUUGAACACGAGCAAGCUUGGGUUAAUUCAUGAGAGCAUUGAUGUGAACUGGUCGCAUUCUUAUACGCGUAAGAACUCUUCAAGCCUAGGACAGGAUGGUCGGGAGACAUGAUCAAAGCUGACAUGAUUUUUGCGACACUUAGGAAGCUGGUUCGCUUGGGCAAACGGAGUCUUUGCGGAUACAAUCUUGGCUAUCGCGAAGCGCAAGCCGCAUCUUAUCUUUAAGGAUGCGACACCUUAUGAACCUUGACCACGAGAAGGAUGGUGAUACCCGAUAUUGCUGGAUGUAAUUUGUUUCGUAGUACUCAUGAAUUCUAUCUGGAUGAGAAGCCACUGCAUUCAGCUCACUUCGAUGCAC